AUGCAUUCCAUUCUCUUCUCUCACUCGAGCCUCGCGCUUGCUCUAGCAGCAAACAUCCUCCCGGGCCUCGCGUUCGUGGUUCGCCAAGCAGGAAACAACACGGCGAAUUCAACCAGCCUCCAGACCUGGUGGCACGAGACGGGCGAAAUCAACACCCAGACUGCAGUCCAAGAUGGCAACGUCCGCCAGUCCCAUCUCUUCGACGUCCAGGUUGCUGCCUCGUCGGCAUCAACAAACUUCUACGACUCGUUCGCGUAUGAAAGCAUCCCGCGUAAUGGCAACGGCAACAUUUGCGCGCCUGGAAACACCACUUUGUGCAAUGUCGACGAUCAGAUCAGCAUCGAGGCAGACAUUGGAGUGAGCAUGUCGUGGUCUCAAUAUCUCACCACUGAGGACUCGAUCGUGAGAGUCACGCGGACAGACGGGGGCUCCACUGCUCCCGACAACGUUGUCAUCCGGCCCACAACGCUUGGAUUUGACCUGGAACAAGACGGAGAUGCUCUCCUGAUCAAGGUUCCGUUCAGCCAGAACGGGUACCGAUUUUCGGUCGAGUUCCAAGACAAUCUCUGGGAAUACCGCAUCGCCGCUCCCGAGCUCAACUCGCAUUACAUCCAGAACAAGAAUCCGUCUGGCAGCUACUACGUCUCGUCGUACGACGACACAAACAACCCCAUCGUCGGUGUCGAGCCCCUCAACGCACUCUUGAUCUUUGUCAGCCCGUUUCCCAGCAGCGAGUACGUGCCGAGCGAUGAGGCGAACACGCACCGGGUCACCCCCGGGCUCGUCUCCGGCCUUGACCAGGUCGAAAAGUCCAUCCUCUACUUCGGCCCCGGCGUGUACUACACAACCGGAUCUGCACAUGCAAAGCUGUCGUCGUCGGUGUCGUGGGUCUAUCUGGCUCCCGGGGCCUACGUCAAAGGCGCCAUCGAGUACACCAGCCCGGCUCUCGACCUUCGUGCCACGGGCUUCGGGGUGCUGUCGGGCGAGCAGUACGUCUACCAAGCCAACACGGCCGAGGGGUACCAGAACAUCAAGUCGGACGACUACUCGGUCAAAAUGUGGCGGGGCUCGUCUGCGGACGGCAUGACCUGGACGGUGCAUGGCGUGACGACGAACGCACCCCCUUUCAACUCGAUGGACUUCUACGGCUCGCUCGACACGUUCUCGGUCCGGGCUUCCGACUACAAGCAAGUGGGCGCAUUCUUCGGCCAGACCGACGGCAUGCAAGCCUACCCCGGCAGCCAUUACCAGGACAUCUUCUACCACGUCGGCGACGACGGCAUCAAGACUUACUACAGCAACAUCCGGAGCGAGCGGCUGACGGUCUGGAAGACGAACAACGCGCCCAUCGUGCAGUUCGGCUGGUACCCACGCAGCGUCAGCAACAUCACGGUGGACUCGGUCGACGUGAUCCACACGCGCUACAUCUCGCAAGCGGCCGAGUACCCGCGCGCCCUCGUCGGAUCGGCCGCCAGCUACGAAGACUCGGGAUCGACGUCGACGGCCGACACGACGAAGAGCCUCAGCGACUACACCGUCUCGAACUGGCGCUGCGAAGGCAUCUGCCCCGGCCUGCUGGGCAUCAACCCGCUGCAGAACAUCGACAACAUGAAGCUGUCGAACGUCAGCAUCGAGCAGCUGGCGCCCCACGGGACGGGCGUCGACACGUCGACCCUGACCGUCUUCACGGACGCCGACAACGGCAACGAGCCGGUCAGUCUGGGCGCAAACUCGGCUGGCAACGUCGGCCUCACGAUCCAGGACUUUUACGUGGGCGGCGAGAAGAUCACGCUGGCGGCGGGGAACUGGGACUCGAAUUCGGCUGGCCGUCUGAACAUUGACGGAUCGUACGAAGGGAGGUGGACGGCGAUCUAG